AUUUCAACCAACAUGCCGGAUAAGUCCAGCCGUCAAAUUAUGAUAGGGAAAGUGACACAUUGAAUAGCGCAAAUUUUGGAGUGAAUGUUACGUGUAGGAUAUGGCGUGGUUGUUCUUUGGGCAGAUGUCAAAUGUGUUAAUAGUUUUAUCAUGAGAAAACAUUACUUCAAUUAUUUCUUAACGAAUAAUCAAUUAUAUUUCAUAAAUAACUACAGUUAAUAGAAGGAGUAGUAUUAGCAGUAUUCAAAGUUGAAGCAGCUUGUAUUUUCUCAUCAUCAGUGUAUAUCUCCACAAGUGUAUGUACAUUACAUGGGAAUAAUAUCCACGUGCACUAUUUGUAUUUUAAUGAAAUAAGCAUGAAUGAUGAUCAACAGCAGCUUAAAAGUAAAUAUGAAAGAUUGUGUGUAGAGUUUAAAAAGCUACGUACAAAAUAUAAGGCUUUAAAAGAUAAUGAAAAUGAAAUAGGUCAACAAUUACAGGAGAAUUUAUUGAAGAAAGAUGCACAUAUCAAGAGAUUACAAGAAGAAAUAGAAAAUUUAAAAUCACAUCUCUCCUUUCCGUCAAAUUCAUGUGAUGAAGGUCAUGAAGGCCUUCAUCAUCAUCAUCUAAAUGGUGUUAUGAUCAAUGAUUCAAAUCAUUUGUCAAGAAAAACAACAUCAUCAUCAUGUCUCAGUCCAACUGAAUCGCAUCCUUUUACGCAUAGAACUCAUCAGAUUGUUGAGAAUGACUCUGGGAAGUUUAGUGAUCAGGUGAAUCCUGAUGAAAUUCCCAGAAAUAAUUCAACAUCCUGUAGUACAAAAGCAGUUUGUACAGAUGUUGGCGUACAAACUGAAUCAUUUGUUGGUACAGUUAGCUCUACGCUUAAUGCUGCUACUACAAUCACUGUCCCAGUUUCUACAUCUGAUGAGAUGAGCGUAAUCAACAAAUGGAAUUCGCAAAGUAGUCCUGGGACAGAAAAUCAAGUAACCGCUAACACUGAACAACAAGAUCCCCUGUCACUCGAAAGACACAAUACAACAGACAACAAUGAAAUUGAUGUUAACCGGAACUCUUUAAACGUGGUUUCCACAUCUUCUAUGAAUAAUGAAAAUAUCUGUCAGUCUGUUAAACACCUUCAGAGUGAAUCUAAUACCAGCACUGCUGCUGAGGCUGCUUCUGCUGCUGCUGACCAUCCAGCGUCUUCUAUCUCCACAGCACACAUACCAUCAUCUUUCCCAUGUAAUAAUUCCUCUUCUAUGCCGUUAGUCUCCUCCCCGCCCACCACCUUAUCACCAUCAUCGUCUACUCUUCCUACAUCAGUUCAUCAAGGCAAUAAUGAUAACAGUUUAAUUGAACAAUUUAUUAAUCUAUUAAAUAAUUGGAUAAAUUCACUACAAAUCAAUAAAAAUUUAUUAAUAAUCGAUAAAGAAAAAAUCAAUAAAAUCCUAACCAAUCGUAUUGGACAAUUAGAGAGUCAAUUAUGUGAAAUAUCAUUAAAAUAUCAAAUGGAACGUAAACGUCGAUUAAAAGAACAACAGCAUUUAGCAGCGAGUGAUGAAGAUAAAAAUGCCAACAAUAGCAUUAAUAAUAAUUCAUGUUCAGAUAUAAAUGAAUGCGAACAAUCAACUGGUAGUUGUGAUGCGAUGACUAACUUACGCAAUUCGAUGAUUCAACGGAUCGCUUUAGCUACUGAGGAGGCCAUUUACUUUGCUUCUCGAGCUAAUCUCCUGCAAAACGAACUUGAAUCUUUAAUGCCAUGGAUUUCACAAUUAGUCAGUAUAAAUCAAAAACAACAAUUAGAAAUCACCCGCUUAGGAAAUCAUAUCAAUGAAUUAAAAGAACAACUUGAAUUGACUAAAACAAAUACAGUGAAACAAGUUAAUGAAAUGGCUAAACAUAUGGCAAAUUUAACUGAUGAAUUACAAUGUUUACGUCAUGAUGAAUAUCAUCAUCAUCAACAACAACAACAACAGCAAAUUAACUGUAUAUCUUCACCGUCUUCUAAUGAUAAUUCAUCGAAAAAAUUAAGUAAUACUCUAUUUAGCGUUUUGAAACGAUGAUCACACGUUCAAUGAAGUAGCGCACACUUUUGAAAAUCCCGCGUGAACUAAAAGUUUCAAUUCAAUUGAAAAGCUGACUAUUUUCAGUAUACUUACUUAUUAUUAAUGUGAUAACUGAAAUUUUACCAGCUUCCUAAUGUAUACAUAUUACCCAUUUGAAGAGAUAUUUGGAAUUGAUCGAAGUUGUCAGAUGUCUUGUUAUCUUCACUGCUAGUCGAGAUUGUUGUUUAAAUUUAUCAGCUGUCAUAUUUACUUAUUUGUAUCUUUCUUUUUGACUUUUUCUAAAGAUCAAUUCUUUUGUUUCCUCUUUGCCUUUACGUUUUCUACUGCGAAUAUUGAUUUUCUGUGUGUGUGUGUGUGUGUGUGUGUAUGUAUGGAUCGAUGGAUGCGUAUGAUAUCGUGCAGUUCGAUUUGUUUCUCUCUUGAUUUCAUUUCAGAGAAUGAGUAGUGUACAUUCUUGAAAUUACGAUUUUUUUAUAACAUAUAUAUGUAUUUGUUUAGGAC